GAUGGAGGAAGGCAGACCUCGGAGCAGCCUCAGCCUGGCCAGCAGCGCCUCUACCGUCUCCUCGCUUGGCAGCCUAAGCACUAAGAAGUCGACCCGGGCGGUAAGCAAGGUGCAUGCCUUCGGGAAGAGGGGCAAUGCGCUCAGAAGGGACCCUAACCUCCCUGUGCACAUCCGAGGCUGGCUUCAUAAGCAGGACAGCUCCGGGCUCCGGCUCUGGAAACGCCGCUGGUUCGUCCUCUCUGGCCAUUGCCUCUUCUAUUACAAGGACAGCCGCGAGGAGAGCGUCCUGGGAAGCGUCCUGCUCCCCAGCUACAGUAUCAGGCCAGAUGGUCCAGGAGCCCCCCGAGGGCGGCGCUUCACCUUCACCGCGGAGCACCCGGGCAUGAGGACCUACGUUCUGGCGGCUGACACGCUAGAAGACCUGAGGGGCUGGCUACGGGCACUGGGGCGGGCCUCCCGCGCGGAGGGGGACGAUUGUGGGCAACCCAGGUCAUCUGCACGUCCCCAGACUGGGGAGGGCCCUGGCGGCCCCGGUGGUCCCCCAGAGGUGAGCAGAGGGGAAGAGGGGCGCGGCUCAGAAUCACCGGAGGUGGCUCGUCUCUCCAGAGUUCGUGGCCGGCUGCUCACCCCCAGCCCCAUGGCUGACCUCCAAUCUGGACCCCGAAUUCGGAGGACAAGGAGCCCAGACCUGUUCACACCCUUCUCUCGCCCUCCCUCCCCUCUGAGCCUCCCCCGGCCCCGUUCUGCUCCUGCACGCAGACCCCCUCCCUCCUCUGGAGACACAGCACCUUCUGCCAGACCCCAUACCCCCUUGAGUCGCAUCGAUGUCCGACCUCCCUCUGAUUGGGCCCCCCAGCGCCAGACACUCUCCAGGCCCCCCACUGCCCGACGAGGACCCUCCUCCGAGGCUGGGGGAGGAAGGGACCCUAGGAGUCCCCAGCACUGGAGUCAGGAGGCCAGAACACCGGUCCCCUCUGGUUCCUCCACAUAUCUCCAGCUCCCUCCAAGGCCUCCUGGGACCCGGGCUUCCAUGGUUUUAUUGCCGGGUCCCCCUCUAGACUCAACCUUCCACCAAAGCUUGGAGACAGAUACUCUGUUGACCAAGUUAUGUGGGCAGGACCGGCUUCUGAAGAGGCUGCAGGAGGAGAUAGAUCAGAGGCAGGAGGAGAAGGAGCAGCUAGAAGCAGCCCUGGAAUUGACUCGACAGCAGCUGGGCCAAGCAACCAGGGAGGCUGCAGCUCCUGGGAGGGCUUGGGGGCGCCAGCGCCUCCUGCAGGACCGACUAGUCAGUGUGAGGGCUGCUCUUUGUCACCUGACCCAGGAGCAAGAGCGGGUUUGGGACACGUACAGCAGCCUGGAACAGGAGCUGAGCACCUUGAGAGAGACCCUUGAGUACCUGCUGCACCUCGGGUCCCCCCAGGACAGAGCAUCUGCUCAACAGCAACUGUGGAUGGUGGAAGACACACUGGCAGGUCUGGGGGGCACCCAGAAACCACCCCACCACACUGACCCUGACUCCCCAUCCCCUGCACUCCAAGGCAAGGAGUCUUCAGACAGGGAGAGCCUGCCUGAGUCCUUGGAACUGAGCCUACCCCGGUCCCCUGAGGCUGACUGGGGGCGGUCCCCAGGGGGCGACAGAGAGCUUGCCAGCCCUCGCUCAGGUCUUGGAUCUCCAAGAGUCUCCCGGGCUUCCAGCCCUGAGGGUCGCCGCCCCCCUUCCCCGCAGCCAGGAACCAAGGUCCCCCUAGCCCGGCCCCGGAUGAGUGCUCAGGAGCAAUUGGAGAGAAUGCGCAGACACCAGGAGUACGGUCGGCCUCUCCCUCGCCCAGCCUCCCCCCGGCUCCUCACUCUGGGGAGGACACUGUCCCCAGCCAGACGCCAGCCUGACGCAGAACAAAAACCUGUCUUGGGACACUCAGGAGCCCAGAAAUGGCUUAGAAGCUCGGGGUCCUGGAGCAGUCCAAGGAACACCACCCCUUAUUUGCCGACAUCCGAAGGGCACCGGGAGCGAGUUCUCAGCCUCUCUCAAGCCCUGGCCACUGAGGCGUCGCAGUGGCACAGAAUGAUGACAGGUGGAAAUUUGGAGUCUCGAGGAGACCCUCUUCCCCCUGCCCCGCCGCCUCCGUCAGAGCCCCCGCCCCAGGUGUCCUCCCCCCCAAGAUCUCCUCCAGCUGCCAAUUCCCGCUCCUCGGGGUUCUCCCGCAGAGGUAGUGGGCGCGGCGCAGGCCCCGCCUCCUGGGAGCCGACGUGGGAUUCCGGGAUCGCCCCUCCCGCCCUAACCCAAGACGAGGGGGCGUGGCCUCUUCGAGUCACUCUGCUGCAAUCUAGCUUCUGACCCGCCUAAACGUAGCAACCAAUCAGAGAGUGAGGGCGUGGCCUGGAGGUACCCCCACCGGAGAUCUGGAGCCUCUCCUGGAACCUGGGGGCGUGAUCUUGUCCCCUCAGGUGGCCUAGAAGGGGAGGGGUUUCUAUGGCCAAAGUUUGGUUUUCCCAACACUUGUCCAGAUUUGGAUUAAAACUUUGAACUUUUA